AUCAAUUUACCCCUCAGAAAAAAAGAAACGCGUGACACACACUCCCUCGGUUCAGAUCGAAGCCCGCAUACGUAUAGCGAGCCGCACCCUACUUGGAUCUGCAUCGACUUCACGGAUGAGCGCUUUGACCUCGACGUAGCUCCACUGCCUGGUGGUAUCGAGAAGGUUUUAUCCACUCAGAACACAUAUCGUUACUCUCGCUGGUUCGAUAUUACCAAAGUUGCCAUCAGGAUCUCAGCCAAUUCCAACACCAUUAUAUCCCCAUCCUUCCACAAUGACCACCACCUCUCCAACCCCCUCCUCUCUCCCCAUCAUCGACAUCUCCCCCUUCUUCGAUCCCCACUCGACCCCCUCCGCCCGCUACGCCACCGCCACCGCCCUCAACACCGCCUGCACCACCUACGGCUUCUUCUACCUAACCGGCCACGGCAUCCCCGAGUCCAAACUCAACCGCAUCAUCUCCCUAGCCCGGCAAUUCUUCUCCCUCCCCCUAUCCGAGAACAACAAAAUCAAGCGGCAUCACGCCGGCGGACCUGAAGGCGGCGACGGAGCGAGGGGUUACCAGGGCAUGGGGGAGAACGUCACGCUCGGGCGGCGAGAUAUGCACGAGGCGGUGGAUUGGUAUCGGGAGUGGGAUCAUGCUCCCAGGGAGGAAGGGAGUGGAGGAAAGGGAACGUAUAAGAUGUUGCAGGGUCCGAAUCUGUGGCCGGAGGAACCGGCGGAGUUGAAAGAGGUGUAUGAGGCUUAUGUGGAGGAGUUGCAAGGAGUGGGGAUGGCGGUGGUGCGGGCUAUGGGGGUGGCGUUGGGGCUGGGUGAGGUUGGGAAGGGUGCGGUGGAGGGCGAGGAUGAGGAGGUUUUUGUGAGGGCGACGGAGAGGAGUUUUUGGGUUAUGCGGAUGAUUGGGUAUCCGAGGCUUGAAGGAAGUCCGGAUGUCGUUGGGGCGGAUGAUAUGGAGGCUUUUUCCUGCGGCGAGCAUACGGAUUAUGGGUGCGUGACGCUGCUGCUUGCGGACCCGACGCCGGGUGCGCUGCAGGUCCUGCUCAAGGACGGGAAAACUUGGCUGAAUGCGGAUCCGAUUCCGGGCGCUUUGGUUGUCAAUAUUGGGGACAUGAUCCAGAGGUGGACGAAUGGGUUGUGGAUGUCUACCAAGCAUAGAGUUAUUCAUAAGGGCGAGGGAUACAGAGUUUCUGUGCCGUUCUUUUUUGAGCCGGGAUUCGAGGCCAGGGUUAGACCUCUGGCGAGGUGUGUGGAGAAGACGGGGGGAGUGAAGAAGUAUGAAGAAUGUGUUUAUGGGGAGCACUUGCUAGGCAAGGUGGGAGGGAACUUUUACGGCGGCGAGGAGGUAUAGCUCGUCAAUUUU